AUGUAUAUUGCUCGGGACAUGUCAAAUGGAAAUUGGUGGUUUUAUUUUGGAACAGCAGCAGUUGGAUUUUGGCCUGCAAAAAUAUUUACUAGCUUAAAGGGAUUUGCAACAAGUGCUGAAUAUGGAGGAGUUGUGUACAGUCCUCCUGGAGUUCCAGAACCACCAAUGGGCAGUGGCUAUUUUCCUAUUGGAGACCUUAAAAAAGAUGCAUAUUGUAAGAAGUGUACAUUCUUGACAGAUAAAAAUCAAACUAUGUCUUUAGAUGAACUUUUAGUGAAAUUAUAUGCAAACAGUCCAAACUUAUAUAGGGUGACUGAUUAUCCAAACUCUGGGGUUGUAACUGGGAAUUUAGUGUCAUAUGGAGGACCAGGUGAAGAAUAA